AUGGUCCCAGGUCUACCCCUCCUACAAGCUGAAGCGGCCAGGCAUGAUAGAGGCUUGUCAGCCCGCAUAAUACUCCAUGCAUUCGUCCCGGUUCUGACUUGCCUUCUCCUACGAUGGCGAGCAUCACUUGCUAUAACCUCCCCCACCGUGCGACUUCUGUAUGCCGACGCGCUGACCGACACCUUCUUUGUCGGCUGCAUAAUUUUUGCGCUGCUGCUGCUGCUGCUCGCCGGCGCUGGAAUAUUCUCAGGAACACAGGCGACGGAAGCUAGCACUGUCACCAAGCUCAAGAAAGGCAUGGAUAUUGCGUUCGCAGGCGUCAGCACGAAGAUCGGUGCUUUCUGCCUCUUUUCCAUCCCAGCCAUUCGUUUCCGCUCCGUGAAAGGCAACAAGCUCUUCACCAUCGAUAUCAGCCAGUAUCAGUUUGAGUCCCGCUGGCGGAUGCUGCUGUAUGUUAUCAACGUCUUGUACUGCAUUAUCAUAUCUGGUCUACCUACCGAGAAGCCGAAGUUGCCCUCGGCAAAAGACAGUGUGCCGAGAAGCACGACUGGUGCUUUUUCGGACUUGCGGGAGCAGAAAACGAAGGCAUGCAACAAGCUACAGCCCGAAUGUUCGCAAUGCACGCGGGCUGGCAAGAAGUGCCCCGGCUACCGAGACCAGCUGUCGCUGAUGUUCCGGGACGAGACGGUCAAAGUGCGGAGCAAGUUCCAAGAGAUUCAUCCUCGCGGCGGCCCGGCGACCGCGUCGUCCUCAGCUUCCACGUCAGUGGCCAGCACCAAAGAUGCGAAUGCCCUGCUAGUCACUCCGGAGGCAUCUUCCUCUGGCACACUGGGACGGUGGCCAAGAACCACGUCUCGCAGCGGGUCCAACCAGGUUGACAGGCCCUUGGUCAAGGAAGAAGACGGAGACGACAGAACAGACGAGAGGGCCAUAGCAUGGUUAGUGGAGACAAACAGGGAGAGCAGGCGCCUGUCCCAGACGCCGGAUAACCUCGCGAUUGUAUCGGGCCGCAAGCCCUGUCCUCUGGCGGUGGGACCGCAGACAACGAUGGCCGAGCGCGGGCUGCAUUUUUACAUUGGCAGCUACAUGUACGGACAGGCGCAUGAGCCAUCAGACUCGGCGCUGCUCGCGAUCGAGUACCCAUGGCUGUUCCAGCCAGCGACGACUUCGCUCGUGUCGGCUGUAGGCCUCGUGGCUAUGGCUAACCUGACUGGCGACAAGGAGCUACGGGACGUGUCGAGACAGCACUACCUGUCUGGACUGCGGCAGACGAACCAGUCGCUGAUGAGCGCGCGGCUGCAGGAUAUGGAGACAACGAUACGUGGCAUUGUACUAAUGGCCAUGUUCGAGGUCGUCCGGGGCGACAAUGAGUCGUUUGAUAUUGCCAGCGUACAUGUCAAGGGCGCCGCAGCGCUUAUGCGCAACUUCCUGCCGCUGCUACCACCGGCGGCACAGCCGUUCCGGAGUCUGAUGCAGUAUUGCUUUUCCUUGCUAAUUCCAUGCUAUGCGACGGGAGCUCGCAUGCCACCAGUUGUCCUCGACUACGUCACGGCUGGGUCGCGCAACGUACCGGCGAAUGAGCGAGCGAUCACAGAGCUGUUGGUGGUGGCGGCUGGCUUCGUCAAUCUGUCGGCGCACGUGAGGAGUCACGUGAUUGCAGAUAAUAUGGCAUCAACAACUACCUUGAUAGCAAAGACACGACAGCUGGAUGCACGGCUGUCUGCAUGGGAGCGCAGUGUACUUACGUCCAAGCAAUGGCAAAUGGAGUUGUGCCAGACGACGGUGCUGCCGCCAGAUGCCUGUUUCGGCGGGCAUUUCUACCGCUAUGCCGACAUGCCGACAGCCCGUAUGUGGAGCUACUACAGAUGGGUGCGGAUCCUGAAUAGCGAGCUGCUGCUGGACAUGGCGGAGAAAUGUCCACAGUCAGCAGAGGCGGCGAUGCGUGUGCCAGUGGGAACAGGGAGACCAGGAAGCUCUGACAUCGAUGGCAACCAAGACGACCCAGACACAGGAGACAAGACCUUUGACUGCCUGCGGGCGCAUCUCCUGCGGGUCAUCCGCCGCAUGGCCGAGGGGAUUCUGGUCAGCACGCCCACAUUCUGGCGACACCCGCGCGUGCCAAGAGAGGUCUACGACGCGCUGACAGCGCCGACAACGGUCCCGCCGCGCAAGGCCGGCGCCGGGGCGGUGGGUAUGCCGCCAUUGCUAUUCCACCUGCAGGCGGCUGGCUGUGGGCGUGGGGUGCCCGAAGCUCAGUGGCGAUGGGCACUGGCCGUGGUCGAAAUGGUGUGGGCGAAGCUGGGCAUGCAGCAAGCGCGGAAGAUAGCUGACGCCAUGAGGGCAAGCCGGCAUGGCUGGCAGGGGAUGCCCAAAAGAGAAGGCCAAUGGGACGUAGUCUCUCCUUUUGACUCACAAUACAUGCGGACAUGUACCACAGGAGGUGUUGAAUAG